AUGACCAGAAGCGCGGGAUCGACCUCACGGCCAUCCUGGCCACCGACACCGGGCGAAUUUGGUCAAUAUACGCCCGAAGCUACGCCUUCAGAGACCGAUGAAAGCCCACCUUUGCAUGCAGUGAACGUCGCACCAAGAUGGAACGAGUCAAAAACAACCAUAUGGAAGGUGACUGCCACGUGUUUGUGUGCAUUUGUGAUGGGGUCCAAUGAUGCUGCAUAUGGAGCAAUUAUUCCCUAUCUAGAGAUUUACUAUCAAAAGAGCUACACGGUCAUUUCUCUAGUGUUCCUUUCGCCCUUUGUGGGAUAUGCCAUAUCCGCCAUCCUGAGCAAUUCAGUUCAUCAGACUUUCGGCAGACGAGGGAUCACAAUCAUUGCCCCGAUUUGCCAUAUGCUUGCCUUUGCAGUCAUAUCUAUCCACCCGCCCUUUCCAGUCUUGGUGAUUAUGUACGUCCUGGUUGGAUUGGGGAGCGGAUUUCACAACGCGGCAUGGAAUGUAUGGAUCGGAAACAUGGCGAACUCGCAUGAAGUGCUCGGUUUCUUCCAUGGAUUCUUCGGCGUGGGGGCCACAAUAAGCCCUCUCAUUGCUACGAGUCUAAUCACCAAAGCUGGAUGGGAAUGGUACUCUUAUUACUAUUUGAUGACCGGAGCAGCUGUGAUCUCGCUGAUUUACUCCGCCAGCGCUUUCUGGGAUGAGACUAGUAGUAAAUAUCAAAAAGAGAACCCCAGUAUCCCAGGCAGAGGAGGAGCAUUCUCCCAAACACGUCUUGCCCUUACAUAUAAGGUCACUUGGAUAUGCGCCGUCUUCCUUUUCCUCUAUGGCGGAAUUGAGGUAGCAAUCGGUGGAUGGAUCGUCGUGUUUAUGACGAAAGUCCGACACGGCAACCCAUUCGAAUCCGGAAUGGCAGAGACAGGCUUCUGGCUCGGCAUCACAGUCGGUCGAUUCGUGCUAGGGUUUGUGUCGCCACGAAUUGGAGAGAAGUUGUCCAUUGUUGUCUACAUCUCGCUCGCAAUUGCCCUUGAGCUCAUCUUCUGGCUCGUGCCUGAGUUCAUCGUGUCCGCGGUUGCGGUUGCCUUUGUUGGAUUCUUUAUGGGGACUAUCUUCCCGGGAGUUGUGGUUGUGGCGACACGAUUGCUACCCAAAAAUCUUCACGUUGCCGCUAUUGGCUUUGCAGCUGCCCUUUCUAUGGGUGGUGGUGCUGUUUUCCCAUUUAUGGUUGGUGCCAUUGCUCAGGCUAAAGGGGUCACGGUGCUGCAGCCAAUCUUGCUCGCCAUGCUGGCUGUGGCAUUGGGAAUCUGGGCGACGAUAUUCCGACUUCCUCAGCCUGAGGUAUCACAUCAAGUCUGA